AAAAUUUGUGUGUGGCUAUGAAGUCAUCCUCACCAUUUCAAUGAGAUCACCCCCAAAAUGCUUUUUGUUUUGUUAAUGUUCUGUCCAAGGAAUUUUUGUCGCAAGCCCAAGUGCUAUAUCCUUCCCUGCACGCUCAAACCACAAAUAUAUAGUCGUGCCUCUAUGUCUGAAUUUUUGGAAUUUGUCAUGUAGGGUUCCCAUUGUCUGUGUACACUGAUUAUAUGAUUCCGAAGCAAUUGAGGUAAUAAAGUGUUACUGUUACCUUUAGAUGCUUCAACCCUUACGUGUUUGGAGCAAGGAGACAUUUUAUCUCCUUAGUACAAAAGAUGCUAGAGGGACCGAUGUGGAUCUUAGCAUUUAUAAGGGAAAGGAUGCUAGAGGGACCGAUGUGGAUCUUAGCAUUUAUAAGGGAAAGGUCCUGCUGAUUGUCAAUGUUGCAUCCCAAUGUGGCCUCACUAAUUCAAAUUACACAGAGCUGACAAAGCUGUACGAGAAGUACAAGGAUCAAGGCCUCGAGAUUCUGGCUUUCCCAUGCAAUCAGUUUGGUGCACAGGAGCCUGGAAGUAAUGAAGAGAUUCAACAGUUUGCUUGCACUCGCUUUAAGGCUGAAUAUCCCAUAUUUGAUAAGGUUGAUGUCAACGGUUCAAAUACUACUCCAAUAUACAAGUUCCUGAAAUCGAGCAAAGGGGGACUUUUCGGAGAUGAUAUAAAGUGGAACUUUUCCAAAUUCCUGGUUAAUAAGGAGGGUCAUGUUGUUGACCGCUAUGCUCCCACGACUUCUCCUCUUAGCAUCGAGAAGGACAUAAAGAAACUACUUGGCAAUGCUUAA